GGCCUGAAAGCUUUUUACUCUGAAGCUGUGUGCCCACCCAGGGAACAGUCUGUUCUGCUCCCUUGGUUUCCAGGAACCCUAGGGAGGGCCCCUCAUGUCUUUGCUGCAGCAGUCACGUGGAGACCCUUUAUUAGACCCUGUCAUAUAAGCCCAGGGCACAAGUGGCCAGGAACUCUCUAGACAAGGACCAGCAAGCAAAGGCCAUGCUGACUGCAGUGCUACUGAGUUGUGCCCUGCUGCUGGCACUGCCUGCCACACAGGGGGUCCAGAUGGGCUUGCCCCCGCUGGAGGGCAUCAGAAGGCCUGACCAGGCUCUGUUCCCAGAAUUCCCAGGCCUAAGUCUGAAUGCUCGCAAGAGGACAACUGCAAACCAAGCAGAACAGGCUUUGCUGCAGAAGGUAGAAGCUUUGGCGGAGGUGUUAGACCCACAGAACCGCGAGUCGCGCUCCCCGCGUCGCUGCGUACGGCUGCAUGAGUCCUGCCUAGGACAGCAGGUACCUUGCUGCGACCCGUGCGCCACGUGCUACUGUCGCUUCUUUAAUGCCUUCUGCUACUGCCGCAAGCUGGGUACUGCCACGAACCCCUGCAGCCGCACUUAGCCAAGGGAUGUGGGGCAGAGGCUGGGGACACGAAUAAAGAGUGAGAC